GUAGAGCGGAACUUGAUCGAGUAAUGUCGUUGUUGCUAUCGCUGGUCGCGCUUUUGGUGUCGCUGCUUUUGUUCGUGGCCCACCGACGUCAUGGAUAUUGGCAGAGGAGGGGUAUUCCGCACGAUGUGCCCCACCCACUUUACGGGAAUAUCAAGGACUGGCCCAAGAAGCGACACAUCGCGAAGAUUUUCCGGGACUACUAUCUGAAGUACAAGGGCUCGGACUAUCCAUUCGCUGGCUUUUUCUUCUUUUUCACCAGAACUGCUGUUAUUAUCAACUUGGAAUUGGUAAAGAGAGUGUUGAUCAAGGACUUUAAUCACUUUGAGAAUCGCGGUAUUUUCUACAAUGAGAUCGAUGAUCCACUUUCGGCUACCGUGUUCAGCAUUGAGGGUCAGAAGUGGCGUCACUUAAGGCAUAAACUAACGCCCACUUUUACGUCCGGCAAAAUGAAGAACAUGUUUCCUAUUGUUGUAAAGGUUGGUGAGGAAAUGGAGAAGAUCUUCAGUGGUAAAACUACCUCGGGUCAAGGCCAAGUCCUGGAAAUUGUGGAUCUUGUGGCCCGAUAUACAGCUGAUGUAAUCGGCAACUGUGCGUUCGGUCUCAAUUGCAACAGUCUUAACAAUCCAAAAGCGGACUUUGUGACUAUUGGCAAACGGGCGAUCACCGAUCGUCGCUAUGGAGGAAUGCUCGACUUCUUUCUUUUCGGUUUCCCAAAGUUAUCUCGCCGCUUGCGCCUCAAAUUGAAUGUUCAGGAAGUGGAGGACUUUUACACUAAAAUUGUAAGAGAUACAAUCGACUACCGAUUGAAGACCAAAGAGAAGAGGCAUGACUUUAUGGACAGCUUAAUCGAAAUGUACCAGAAAGAGCAGGCUGGAAACUCGGAAGAUGGUCUUACCUUCAACGAGCUACUGGCCCAAGCUUUUAUUUUCUUUGUGGCUGGUUUCGAGACGAGUUCUACGACCAUGGGAUUCGCCCUCUACGAACUGGCCCGCAACCAGGAUGUUCAGGAUAGACUCAGGGAGGAGAUUACAAAUGUUCUGGGCAAGCACAACAACGAGUUUACCUACGAGGGAAUCAAAGAGAUGAAGUACCUGGAGCAGGUUGUUAUGGAGACCCUCCGCAAGUAUCCAGUUCUGGCUCAUCUUACAAGAAUGACCGAAGCAGACUUUUCACCAGAAGAUCCGAAGUACUUUAUUGCCAAGGGCACCAUCGUUGUGAUUCCAGCCCUUGGCAUUCAUUAUGAUUCAGAAAUAUAUCCCGAACCCGAGAAGUUUAAGCCGGAGCGUUUUACGGAGGAGGCGAUUGCUGCGAGACCGUCUUGCACCUGGCUUCCAUUUGGCGAAGGUCCCCGAAACUGCAUUGGUCUUCGAUUUGGGUUGAUGCAAACUUGCGUGGGACUGGCCUACCUGAUCAAGGGCUAUAAGUUUAGUGUCGCCCCGGAGACGCAGAUACCCAUGAAGGUUGUCGUGAAGAGCAUUCUUCUGUCUGCGGAGAAUGGAAUUCACCUUAGAGUCGAGAAGCUUUCCAAAUGAUAUUACUAACAAUAUAAAAGUAGAGUGACGAUAUGAUAUAGUAUAUACUUAUAAUUGUACAUUUCUGUGAAAAUUAUAAUUCUUAUAUAUAA